GAAGAAAGCAAACAAACAAAAAAAAGAACAGAAGAAAACGGAAGUUUUUGUUUCUGGAGAGAAAACCAAAAAGUUCAUUUUGUUUUUCUCUAUUUCGUCUUUCCUGCGAUUCUGAAUAUCACUCUUCUUCAAUCUCUUUGUCAGAAUCGUAGCAUUGGCUUGUGAGCUUUGAUCCUUCUUUCUUUUUUUCUUCCCGUUUGUGAAAAAAGAGAGACUAGUAUUUAUCAUCGUUGUCACCGCCGAUCUGUCGUCGGCAGAUGGCAAAACCAUUACUUUUACCUCCAAUUAAUAACCCGGAUUCGUUGGAUUGUUGGACGUCUCUGUUUCUUCUAUCUAGUGUUUCAACUCCGGCAUAGAAAGGAUCUGAUUUGGUUAAUCUCAGAGCCCUUUUUGUAGACACAUUGUAAAAUUUGAAUUGGUGAGGAGGAGUUAGAGCCGUCCGAUUGGGGUUUGACCCGAUUGAAGCGGAGAGGAUGGCAAAAAGUUGGUUUUUGGUUGAGAAGGCGAGAAGAUGUUUGAGGACGGUGUUCUUCAUGGUUGCUAUGUUGGCUUCGCUGCUAGUUUCCUCGUUGCCAUUGUUAGUAGCUAUAGGUGAUGUGUUGGUUCCCAGCUUCUUGUUGUCGAGCUUUACUUGUGUGACGUGUUACGGCGCCAAGGAGCAUCUGAGGCGAUACGGUUUCAAGAGAUCUUUGACUGAUAUUCCUAUCGUCUCUGUUGUCAGAUCUUUCCUUGUCAUCUGUAAGGUCAUAUCGUUGCUUUUUUCUUGCUCUUGUUUAGGAAACUGUUUGAUCUUUAUGAAUUUGUCAUAGUAAAGUUUUGGUCUUUGGCUGUUACUGUUCAAAGCUCUGUUGGUUGAGUUAGCUCUCGCAGAUAGCUAUGAUUGAUGAUCAAGUCUGCUCUUUUAAUGAUCAUUAGUUGUACAUUUUGUGGAAUAGGUAUCUAUUUACUCUCGGACGUUCCUGCUCUCUCGCACGGUCCUUACCUUGGAACUGUAUCUCUGUGUUCUGUGGUUUCGGUUCUUCUUCUUUCAGUUAAAGCUUGCCUUUUCACUGUUAAUUCUCAACUCAACAACGAAGCCUCGUUCUCUCCAUCUAGGAAACGGCUCCACCUGAAGAAGUCGUGGGGGAUGCCGGUUUUGUUCCUCUCAUCUGUGGUUUUUGCCCUUGGUCAUACGGUUGUAGCAUACAGGACAAGUUGCAGAGCGAGGAGGAAAAUUUUGUAUCACCGAGUUGACCCUGAAGCUGUUCUUUCAUGCAAAAGCAUCUUCUCUGGCCACCAGAAAGUCCCGCGGUCACCCACUCCUGUGGUUGGAAAGGCCUCCAAGUUUGAUGGAGAAGCAAGGCGAAAGCCUUUGUCCCACGAUGAAGGAGAGCUUCCAGUGAGAUUGCUUGCUGAUGUUGACAGUUUAUUCGUUACAAUCCGAGGCCUCACUGUGCAUUACAAGCUUUGUUCACCUGGUUCACCUCGGCAGUCUAUCUCCUCAAAUGUUCUCGAAGCCAAUUCUAGUUACAAUACGCCAGAGAUAAUGGCAGGAAGGUCGAAGUUUGACAGAAAAGUGUUGAGUAUGGUCACCAAAAGCCAGCAUCAUCAUCACCACAGGAGCUACAACAGUUUGUUUAACAAUUCUUCCUUGCACGACCCUCUUCUGGAUGGUUCUCCUACUUCUCCUCUUCUUUUCAAAGAGAUUAAGGAAGGAACGGGACUAGUGGAUGACAUGAAUGUAUUCAAUUUUGGAGCUGAGGAGCAAGACUUGGGUGAAAGUGGUCAGUUUGGUGUGGUCCUGGUUCAUGGAUUUGGAGGAGGAGUGUUUUCUUGGAGGCAUGUGAUGGGUUCACUGGCUCAGCAGCUUGGUUGUGUUGUCACUGCAUUUGAUAGGCCUGGUUGGGGAUUAACGGCCAGGCCACAUAAGAAUGAUUUGGAAGAAAGACAGCUGCUCAAUCCUUAUUCACUCGAAAAUCAGGUAGAGAUGCUUAUUGCUUUCUGUUAUGAGAUGGGGUUCUCUUCAGUAGUAUUUGUUGGUCAUGAUGACGGAGGUCUACUUGCUCUCAAAGCUGCACAAAGAUUGAUGGCAACAAACGAUCCCAUCAAAGUCGUGGUCAAAGGAGUUGUCUUGCUUAAUACUAGCUUAUCAAGGGAAGUAGUUCCAGCUUUUGCAAGAAUACUUCUGCACACAUCACUAGGGAAGAAGCACCUCGUUCGCCCUCUUUUACGCACUGAGAUAGCUCAGGUGGUGAAUCGCCGUGCUUGGUAUGAUCCUGCCAAGAUGACUACAGACGUCCUACGGCUAUACAAGGCCCCAUUACACGUAGAAGGCUGGGAUGAGGCACUUCAUGAGAUAGGUAGACUUUCAUCUGAGAUGGUGCUUGCACCUCAAAAUGCAGCUUCGCUUCUGAAGGCUGUUGAAAACCUGCCAGUGCUAGUCAUUGCUGGGGCCGAAGACGCCCUUGUGCCAUUGAAGUCCUCCCAAGGAAUGGCUUCUAAACUCCUUAACUCUAGACUAGUAGCAAUCUCAGGAUGUGGGCAUUUACCACAUGAGGAGUGUCCCAAGGCGCUUCUUGCAGCCAUGUCCCCGUUCAUCACUAGACUUGUAAUUAGGCCAGAUCUCCAGAGUCAAUAGCCAGAUCACUUGUUUUUCUUGUCGUCUUCUUAGCUUACAAUCGAUUAGUGUCGCCCAAAAAUUUGAGGCCCUGCUAGGUAAAUUCAUCUAAUGAGUGUUGUAACCUUUCCCUUCUCUUGUGUUUUGUAUGAUUCGAGGGUGAUUUUAUUUAUUAAACACUUGAAGAUGAGUGUGGCACAGAAUCGUGCAAGUCUCUGUAAAUUUAUCCGGUUUGGAAUACGAAGUAAAUUGCUUUCGUUUGCUC